AUGAUCAAAUUCGACACGGCUGCCACAUUUGCUGCUGUAUGCGAUAUUGCUGAUUGUCCCGCGCUGACUCCUAUGGCCGCAGUUUCCACUCCAUUGCUCCCUAUCCAACCAACAGGAUACGAUCCCUGUAUCUCAAACCCUUGUCAGAACGGCGGUGCAUGCAACGUUAAUGGAAGUGGCUUUACAUGUUCCUGCAAGCUACCGUACUUUGGACAUUUAUGUGAAGAAAGCCCUUGUACGCCAAAUCCAUGCGAAAACGGAGGAACCUGCUUGAAUAUUCUGAACUCUUACAAGUGCGUGUGUCUAAGUGCUUACACUGGUUUGAAGUGUGAAACCAAAACUUGUCAGCUGUGUCUUCUUUUCUUAGAUCUUUGCGAUACAAAUCCAUGCAGAAAUGGCGGUUCAUGUCACUUGGUUAACGAAGACUUUGAAUGCAAGUGUAAAUCACCUUACUCAGGAAAGUUGUGUGAGAAAGAUCCCUGUAUCUCAAACCCUUGUCAGAACGGUGGUACAUGUAACGUUAUUAGAAGUGGUUUUACAUGUUCCUGCAAGCUACCGUACUUUGGACAUUUAUGUGAAGAAAAUCCAUGUGAUCCAAAUCCUUGCAAGAAUGCAGGCAGUUGUAUAAUUUAUAAUGGAGAUCAUUUUUGCUUCUGUCAACAUCCGUAUUCAGGCAGAUUGUGUGAAAAAGAUCCCUGCAGCUCAAGUCCUUGUCAGAAUGGAGGCAGAUGUAGUGUUAGUCAUGGAGAAUACAAUUGCACCUGCCCACCUUUCUAUUCAGGGAAACAAUGCGAGAAAGGUUUUUGA